AACUUUCUUUCGUCUUGCAACUUCGUAAUGAAAGCUUCAAUAGAAACCGCUUAAAUGUUACUCUCUUUCUGCUUCGCCGCCAUUUCCCAUUGCUAUCUCUGCUAUCUCCUGUGCUUUCUCACUUCUCUUUUUCCAACUCUUCAGAGACUUAAUCUUUUUGCUACUUCCUCUGAUACAUAUACAUAGUCUGCUGACAUCCUCUGUUACUUCUAUUUAAUGCCUUUUUUCUCAGCUUCAGGACUUUUAUUUUCCAACCCUUCUUCUCUUUUCAGCUUCUUUUGUAGCCUGAGAUAGCUCCACUCUUGGUGGGUUGAUCUUGGUUUUCUGUUUCAUCUUUGAUUGCUUCUACUUUCUGUACUGUUUGAUUCAACUUCAAGUUCUUCUUCUGAAAAAAUUUAAACCAUUUCUUGAAGUAGACUGAUGCCUGAUAUCAAGGACACAGAUUUCUCUUCCCACAAACUUCCCUCUCUUUCUCAGGUGCUGGAAGAGCUAAAGGAACUAUGGGGGAUGGCUCUGCCCAUAACCGCAAUGAACUGGCUGGUGUUCAUCAGAGCUGUCGUUUCGGUCCUUUUCUUGGGAAGACUCGGAAGUUUAGAGCUUGCCGGAGGAGCUCUUUCCAUUGGCUUCACCAACAUCACUGGGUACUCUGUUCUUGUGGGUUUAGCCUCUGGCCUUGAACCUGUGUGCAGCCAGGCCUACGGUAACAAAAACUGGGACCUCCUCUCCCUCUCUCUCCAGCGAAUGAUCGUCAUACUUUUCUUAGCCAUCAUCCCCAUCAGCCUCCUGUGGAUAAACCUCGAGAACAUAAUGGUUUUCGUGGGUCAGGAUGAGGAAAUCACAGCAAUGGCAGCAACUUAUACACUGUAUUCCUUACCUGAUCUCCUGAUCAACACUUUGUUGCAGCCGUUGAGGGUGUUUUUGAGGUCUCAGCAGGUGACUAAGCCGAUGAUGUGGUGCUCAUUGGUGGCUGUGAUGUUUCAUGUUCCAUUGAACUAUGUGUUGGUGAUAAAAAUGGGAAUGGGGGUGCCAGGAGUGGCAAUGGCAUCGGUGGUGUGUAACUUGAACAUGGUGGUGCUGAUGGUGGGGUAUGUGUGGGUGAGUGGACGGCUGGAUAUGAGAUGGACGGGUGGGAUUGGGGUUUUGUGUGGUGGGUUUGGCCCGCUUUUGAAAUUGGCUGUGCCCAGCUGCCUUGGGAUUUGCUUGGAGUGGUGGUGGUAUGAGAUUGUGACUGUAAUGGCUGGGUACCUGAAGAAUCCCACAUUGGCUGUGGCCGCCACUGGGAUUUUGAUUCAGACCACUAGCAUGAUGUACACUGUCCCUAUGGCCCUUGCUGGCUGUGUCUCUGCCCGGGUGGGAAAUGAGCUUGGAGCUGGAAAGCCUUACAAAGCCAAACUUGCAGCAAUGGUGGCCUUGGGGUGUGCUUUCUUCAUAGGCAUUAUAAAUGUAACAUGGACAGUGAUUUUGAGAGACAGAUGGGCUGGUUUGUUCACAAAGGAUGACCUUGUGAAAGCAUUGGUGGCAUCAGUUUUACCAAUAAUUGGACUGUGUGAGCUGGGCAACUGCCCACAAACAACUGGCUGUGGCAUCCUACGUGGCACGGCGAGGCCUGUUAUCGGGGCUCGUGUCAAUCUGGGCUCCUUUUACUUUGUGGGUACUCCUGUGGCAGUGGGCCUGGCCUUCGGGCUCAACAUCGGGUUUAGUGGGCUCUGGUUCGGGCUCUUGUCAGCCCAGGUGGCCUGUGCUGUCUCUAUUCUCUAUGUUGUUUUGGUCAGGACAGACUGGGAAGCCGAGGCCAUGAAGGCGAAGAAACUAACAACCAUAGAGCUUAGUUCUUGCAAUGAAGGUAUACAAAAGAGUGAUGAAGAGAGUAAAAGCUUCUUGGAUAAUGUUUUUUAGAUGGAUCAAAGCUACUAAAUACAAGUCAAUUUGAUAGUUAACAGUUGGAAUCAAUGUUAUUCUAAGGAUUGGUAUGAGUCCAAUAAUGUUACUUGCCAAACAUAAGGCUUUGUUGAGAAUAGAAAUGUGGGGCAAAUGGUGAUUGUGGAAGAUGUAAAAUGUUAGAAAUUAGGUUUAUGGGGUUUGGUUUUGUUGUUUAGCUGCUUUUUUGGAGGGUAUCUGAGUCCUACUUGAGUUUUGUGUUGCCUUUUUUAUAUAUAAAAAGUAAAAUAUUCUUGUUUUC